AUGGUGGAGCUUCAAUUACAAAAGGUGGUAGACGGUAGGGUUGUGACGCUUAUAAGACGUGAUGAGGAUGAGUAUUUUCGAUUGGAGGGAUUUCUACCACACUUGAUUAGGCACGAGUAUGGGGAUGAGCGAGUCCCGAAUCAUUGGGACCAUUACCAGGAGGAUUUGUUGCUUGCGAAGUAUGGGAUAUUGAUUGAGACGGAUUCGAAGUAUGUGAAGUGGAUUACAAAUAGUAAGGCCAAGCAGUUGAUUGAGUUAUUGGGGUGGGGCGGUGUGUUUGGGGAUGUCGAAGAGCAAGGGAAGGAGGGUGGAGGGGGAGCGCGUGAGCCAGUGUUGAUUAAGGAUGAGGAUGGGGGGAGGGCACGGCAGCAGGUGCAAGAGGAGUUGGUGGUGGAUGGAGGUGACCGGGGCAGUGCAGGCAGUGCUACGGAUCAAGAUGAGGAGGAACUCGUUAGGGAAGAGGCAAGUACGGCUAAUGGGGCCAGAGAUGUGGGCAUGCAUAAGGAGAAUCAUAAUAGUAAUAAUGAUAAUAAUAGUAAUAGUAAUAAUAGUAACAAUCGCAGUGAUACAAGUGAUAGUAAUAAUGAGAAGAACCAAGAUACUACUAAUUCUGAUAGCCACAUGAACGGGGAUAAACUCCCAAGUGAGGGUGUAGGCAAGCCGAAGCGAGUCUCCGAUGAACAGGGCGUUGCACACGAUCGGUUUCAGACAGGAUUGCUGUCUACCAAGAGGACUAUGCUAGAAGUAGACCAGGGUGAAUCACGCGAAGAUGUAGAUCGCAACGGAAGAGGUCAGUAUGGUUCGACUCAAGUGGGCAGAUCGCCGCUUAAAAAGCUCAAGUCGUUGGAGACUUUAAGAUUGUUCUCCCAUGAUUUGGAUAGAUUUAAAGAAGAGGAUAUAGGGUUAACAAAAGCGCCUGUACCUUUAAAUGAUUUCUCCCCUGAUGAAAGAAUGAAACUGGAAGCCCUAUUACAGCGGAUAUUGUUCCCUGAUAACAAUUCGCAGCCGCAAUUCGAAGACGCACUGUUAGAAGUAGAAAGAAAUUUUACAGCAAUCCCCUUGAAGUGGGACAUCCCCAUUGAUGAACAUGGAAAUACUGCUUUGCAUUGGUUAUGCUCAAUUGCCAGUGUAACGAUGGUAAAAUGCCUUGUGGUACAAGGUGCAGAUAGACUGCCAGGUGAUAAAAUGGGCGAAACGGCGUUGGUUAAAUCCGUGAAAUCUGUGAACAACUAUGAUUCUGGCACGUUUGAAGACUUGCUCGAUUACAUGUAUCCAUGCCUAGUGGAGCUUGAUGAAGCGAAUCGUACUGUAUUGCACCACAUCGUACUAACUUCUGGUAUGCCUGGUUGUUCAGCGGCAGCGAAAUAUUAUUUGGAUAUACUGAUGGGGUGGAUCGUAAAGAGACAGUCUAGAAAAAUACAGACCUCUUCUACGGAUGAUCUGCCUGACCCAAUAAUCUCCAAUCUAAAUCUAAAAUGGUUUAUUGCCAAUGUUUUAAAUGCCAAGGAUUCUAAUGGUGAUACAUGUUUGAACAUUGCCUCAAGGCUCGGGAAUGUGUCCAUUGUUGAAGCACUACUAGAUUAUGGAGCCGACCCAUAUAUAGCCAAUAGUUCCGGCUUAAGACCUAUAGAUUUUGGUGCUGGCGUUUCGAUUCUGUCCCUAAACAGUGAUAAUCUGCCAAAGGGCGGCUCCAAUGUGGACUCCAACAGCAAUGAAAUGGUCCAAAAACACACAAAUUCUCCGCCUCCAGAUUCUAAUGCUCUAAUAACACGAAUGAAGACUCUCCUAUCAUCAAUAUCAAAGGAUUACGAAGCAGAGCUUAAGGAACACGAACAGAAGCUUCAAGAGUUGCAUUCACAACUGAAUGCAAAACGCGAGCAGCUGGCAACAUCUCGUGAUCGUCUUGCCAAGGCUCGUUUGUUGCGAGACGAGCAUGCCCUGAUCUCAGAACGGCUGACCAAUGUUGAAACGAGUGCAAAGGAGGAAGAGGCAAGUUUUGUCCAACGAACUCAAGAGAUGGGUAUCGAUCCCGAUGACUAUCAAGGACUUGAUGAGUUCGAUGCCGAUGAACCAUUCCGUAUUGAUAUCAUUUAUUCAGAACUAGAAACCAGGUUGAACCAAGAAUUUCAUGGCGAUUUGGGGUCCAUGCUUAAGGAUAUCGAUGUCGAGAAAGUCGUAGAGGAAUUAUUGGCAAAACAUCAGUUACAAAACCCAAAUUUAAUGGACGAAUUUCUUCCUACAGUACUGUUGCGCGCACGCAUAAAGGCAUACGAACGUAACGAACAGCAGCUGGAGGAUACCUAUGAUGCCAUUGACGAGAAACACAAAAACCUAGAAAGUAAAUUUCGAAGAGUUCUUUCUUUGUGCUUAAAAGUUGAUGAGGACAAAGUUGAUGGCAUGUUAGAUGGUCUUUUGCAAGCUAUUACCAAUGAAGAUCCAGAAGAUAUCGAUAUCGAUGAAAUGCAAGAUUUUUUGAAAAAGCACAGCUGA